AUGCAGAAAGCAACAUACUACGACAACUCCGGACUUUUUGGAAGCUACAGCUACCCCAAACCAGACUCUUACAACUACGGCCCCGCACAUCAGUCCUACCCCACUCCCACCAUUGAGAAUGACUACCAGGGCUCAGUGUGUCCCAUCCAGACCUCUGCUGUCCGGCCACCGACUCUCAAAGACAGUGACCUGAACGGAGACUGCAUGCGGCAAAGUGGCAGUCAGAGCAACGGCAGCAGCCAAGCCACGAGCAUUGGGGAGCAGCAGGCACCUCCACUGUCCGCAUCCCCCCCAAGCUCCAACAACACCCCUGCAUCCCAGAAGAAGAAGUCCCCGUCCAGCAGCGCCUCCGGCACCGCCACGCCAGCCCUCACCAAGCAGAUCUUCCCCUGGAUGAAGGAGACCCGGCAGAACGCCAAGCAGAAGGGCAACAACUGCACCACUGCAGGUAGAGACCAUGAUGGAGAUGUGUGUGGGGAGGUGAGUGAUGAGAAGAGCCCACCGGGACCAGCCUCCAAACGGGUCAGAACUGCUUACACCAGCGCACAACUUGUGGAGCUGGAGAAGGAGUUUCACUUUAACCGCUAUCUCUGUCGCCCCCGGAGAGUGGAGAUGGCGAAUCUGUUGAAUCUCACCGAGCGCCAAAUAAAGAUCUGGUUUCAAAACAGGAGGAUGAAAUACAAAAAGGACCAGAAGUCUAAAGGGCUCGCGCACUCUCCCCUGGGACACUCCCCGGAUAGAAGCCCGCCGCUGAGUGGCCCAAAUCACAUUGGAUACUCUGGCCAGCUCCAAAACGUGAACAGCCUCAGCUAUGAUGCGCCCUCGCCCCCAUCCUUCGCCAAACCCCAGCAAAACAUGUACGGUUUGGCCGCGUACACGGCACCCUUGGGUGGCUGCAUCCCGCAACAGAAGAGGUACCCGGGCUCCGAGUACGAACACCACAGCAUGCAGAGCAACGGCAGCUUUGCCAACGCCAAUUUGCAAGGCAGCCCCGUUUAUGUGGGUGGGAAUUUUGUUGAUUCCAUGCCAGCCUCGGGCCCAAUGUUCAACCUCGGCCAUCUUCCCCACCCCUCAUCCACCAGUGUGGACUACAGCUGUGCCGCUCAGAUCCCAGGAAACCACCAUCAUGGACCCUGUGAUCCCCAUCCCACAUACACAGACCUCACCUCUCACCAAGCGUCUCAGGGAAGGAUUCAGGAAGCGCCUAAACUCACGCAUUUGUAA